AUGCCACGAGCACAGUGGCAAAGAAGCACAUCCCUGAGCGGCCGCUUCCUUGGCUCUCGGCCGAAGGCACCGCGCGCGGGGCGGAAGGGGCCGGGGGAAACUUGCUUGCCCCGGGAGCGCAACUCCGCGCAACCUCCCCUCCCUCCCGGGGCGCGCGCGGAGGGAGACGGGGCAGCGGGAGCCCUUCCCGGCCGCUCGGGCCUCCUGCAGCGGCGGCGGCGGCGGCGGCGGGCCGGGCUGGGGUCGGCCAGGCCGGGACGCGCGGCGGCCGCCCUCCGGCUUCGCCCCUCCCGCGGGGCUGGAGCUCGCCCUGGGCUCGCCGGGCGGCGCGCUCGCUCCCUCGCUCGCUCGCUCGCAGUGCGCAGUGCCUCUGCAGCGGCGGCGGCGGCGGCGGCGGCUCGUGGUCGCGCUCUUUCCGCGGGGCUCCCGCCGGAGGAUGGUGUCCGUAGCCCGGCAGCCCUCGGCGGGCCGCGGGGCGGGUCCGUAGCUGGUGCGGGGUGGUGCCCUCCGCCGCGAUCGGGAGCCGGAGGCGCCGGGCGCCGGGCGCCGCGCCAAGCGCCCGCGCGCCCCUCUUCCUCUCGCUCUCCAUGGACGGGGGAGCGGGGGGCGGCCCGGGGGCGCCCGGCGCCGAGAGCCCCAACCGGGCCGUGGAGUACCUGCUGGAGCUCAACAACAUCAUCGAGAACCAGCAGAAGCUGCUGGAGACGCAGCGGCGCCGGAUCGAGGAGCUGGAGGGGCAGCUGGAGCAGCUGAGCCAGGAGAACCGGGACCUGCGCGACGGCGAGAGGGACCGAGAGCGGCACCGCGACCGCGACCGCGACGGGCAGUACCACCCCAAGGAGAGAGAGAGCCACUACCAGACCCGCGCCGAGCGCGACGGGCAGUACCCGAACCGGGAGAGCCGCACGGAGCGGGAUGGGCAGUACCCCAGCCGCGCAGACCGCGAGAGCCAGUACCAAAGCCGGGCGGACCGGGAAGGGCAGAACCCCUAUCCGAACCGGGACAAGGAGCGCGAGCUACAGCACUAUGGAAACCGGGACGGCGGGCAGUACCCGAGCCGGGAGAGCCACUACCGGGAAGCCUGCCAGCUGCAUCGAGAGCGGCCCCCGCAGUGCCACCCCGCGCGCGAGAAGGAGCACGAGUACCCCCGGCCCCCCCGGGAGCGGGAGAGGGGGCAGCUGAGCCGGGGGGCGUCGCGGAGCUCCAGCCCGGGAGCCGGAGGGGGCCACAGCACCAGCGCCAGCACCAGCCCAGCCACCACGCUGCAGAGAAAGUAA